GGCAUCUGUCCAAGAGAUGCAGAAAGACCAUGAGGAACAGCUCCAGCAUCUGAGGCAACUGAAAGACCAAGAGAUUGAUGCAGUGACCAGCGCUACUUCACACACCAGGUCUCUGAAUGGCGUCAUCGAGCAGAUGGAGAAGUUCUCCAGUGACCUGCACGACCUCUCGCACAAGGUGGAGGCCACGCACCACACCACCUCCCAGGAGCUGGCCAUGGGGGCACAGCAACGGGACAAGCAGCUCAAGGUGCUCCAGGACAGGCUGUCACAGCAGCAGAGGGACAUGGAGGAGGAGCGCAGCCGACUCCAGGAGGUGAUUGCUAAAAUGGAGGCAAGGCUGGGCGAGCAGACUCGGCUGCUGGAGCAGGAACGAUGGAGGGCGACGAUGGAGCAGUCCAAGGUGGAGUCACUGCAGCACUCACUGGAGGAGCAGCGGCGAGUCGUGACCCAGCAGUUGUCCAUGGAGCGAGCAGAGCUGGAGAGGGCAAAGAGCGCUUUGCUGGAGGAGCAGAAGUCGGUUCUGCAGAAGUGUUCAGAGGAGCGACGGAAGCUGGCAGUUGAGUGGACUGAAUUUCACACCCGGCAGCAGCUGAGCAAGAAGCAGAUUGAGUGUGAGAUCGACCGAGCCCUGAAGAUGGACUCCCAGAGAGAGGGCACCAUCAUGAGUCUGGCCAAGGAGCAGGCAGAGAUGAAGAUACGAGGCUACGAGCUGAAAGCCAAGGAGGAGCAGCUGGCAAGGGACAGGCAGCUGCUGGAUGAGGCCUGGCAGGAGCUGAGGCUGCAGAAGGAGAAGGUGAAGAGGGCCACACUCUGCAUUGAGCAGCAGCAGGAGGAGGUUAAAAUCAUGACCAAGCUCUCGUCCCAGAAGUACGAGGAAGGGGAGCAUGCCCUGCAGGAGGCACGCAGGAUGGAGUCUGAGCAGCAGACCAGGCUGCAGGUCAUGCAGCAGCACCUGGAAAAGCUGAAGCAGCAGGAACAGCGUCUGCACGAGGACCGGCUGAGCAUGGCUCACCAGAGGAGCCAGCUCGAACAGCUACGUGAGGAGCUGCCCAGGAAUCCCAUGAUGCUGCUGACCACAGAGCGGGACGUCAGUGCCCCUAUGAAAGGUCUCUCCAGCCCGCUGUGCUUUCCACCUCCUGUCAGAGCACUCCCUCGGCACAGCCCAAGGGGUAGCAGAGAAGCCCUGGCCAUGGCCGGCUCCACUGAGCUCCAUGCCCAGCUGCUGCUGCUGAAGCUCAGGGCCCAGCAGGACCACGAUUUCUUAGAGGAUGAGGAUUUCUUCCUGGAGUCCCUGAAGAAAGCCCCCUACAACACCUGUCCAUCCUCACAGAAGGCUGCUGUGCCCUCCACAUGGGGGAGGAAAACAAACAAUAAAUAG